UAUUACCUCUCUAAAUCUCUCUGUCUCCUCUUCUCGGGUGCGCUUUUUUCUCUUUGUUAAACUAUUCGCACACUUAUGACAAUCAAAUCAAAUUCAAUGCAAUAUCUAAAUCUAAAACAUUACUCAUAUUACAGAAGUAUUUUGCUCUCCUGCCCAGCCGCUGCUUAUCAUUAUUCCACUAACAUUAUUAUAUCAGACUCUCUCUCUCUCUCUCUCCUUCGUUUUCAGUGCACAGUAUAAAUAUUCUACAUUACCACUACUACACUCUUCUUUAACGCUUCAUUUUUAGUAUUCUCUCUCUUUAAUUUAUCUCCCUAAAAAGUUGAUGAAAAAAAUGUGGAGGAUGGAAGAUGUUAUAAGGGAGCUUAAGGAAGAAGGAAUAUUAGAAGAUGGGAUUAUUGGCAAGUGUGAGAAAAGAGGUGGGUUACCACCUGGGUUUAGGUUUCAUCCUACUGAUGAAGAGUUAAUCACUUUUUAUCUUGCUUCUAAGGUCUUUAAUACUACUAUUACUACUAGUGUUCCUAAUAAUUUGUUCUUGUCUGAUUAUUAUUCCGGGGUCCAAAUUGUUGAAGUUGAUCUCACUCGAUGUGAACCUUGGGAUCUUCCAGACAGGGCAAAGAUGGGAGAAAGAGAGUGGUACUUAUACAGCUUAAGGGACAGAAAGUACCCUUCAGGGCUGAGGACAAACCGCGCCACUGAGACUGGUUACUGGAAAGCUACUGGCAAGGACAGGCAAGUCUACGCCAGCGGCGUUACUACUACUAAUACAACAAAUGCGGGUGGAGGUGGAGGUGGAGGAAUGUUAAUAGGGAUGAAGAAGACACUGGUGUUCUACCAAGGCCGAGCUCCACGUGGUAUUAAGACUAGAUGGGUCAUGCAUGAGUACCGCCUUGAUGGCCAUUUCUCCUCCUUUCGCCUUUCCUCCAAGGAGGAAUGGGUGAUAUGCAGAAUAUUCCACAAGAAUGGAGAAAAGAAAUCUCCACCAAUAAUUCAUCCACCACCACCAUCAGCAUCACCGCCACCGUUUUCUCCUUUUUUAAACAAUUUACCACCUCUACGAGAACCAAGCACCACCUCAACCACCCCAGUAGUAGAAAAUACUCCCUCUCAAACUCCUCAUUAUGCAAAUCACAACCUCCUACACUCUUUAUUACUAGACCCCUUGCCUAAUUUUUCAUCCAUCUCCGGGUCCGACACAAUAUUCCCUCAUCACACCACCACUACUACCUCUUUCGACUUUGGUUGGCUACAACCUAAGCACAAACAGCUCUCUACCGCCACCACUGCCGCAGCCACAGUAACAAAACAGUUACAGCAACAACAAUGGCUUCACAAAAUAUGCCCUCAAUCUCAGAGUCGGUACUUCCAACAUCAAUACUAUGAUCCUUUGAAUUUUGAUCACAUGUAUCUUCCUAAUAGUUACACUACAACUACUACUAGUACUACUGUUGCACCUGUUGCUAAUGAUGGCGACGAGGACGACAUCGACGUUGACGAAGCUGAAGCUGAAGCUGAAGCUGAAGCUGCUGUUCAUAUUGAUAUGUCUCCCUCACUUGCUGUUGCUGCGCUGGAUAGGAUGUUAAAUCAUAAUCCUAUCAAUCACCCUGUAGAAUCUUGGUCUGUUCAUAUACUUCCCUAAUCCAUUUUUAUUACUAUUUCAAAACAGUUAAAUCCUUCAAGGAUCUAUCUGUGUUUCACGAGUCCUACCUCUGCUAAUAUGUAGUAGUAUCUACUAUCUAUAUUAGAAAUAUAAUAUGUAUGUCUAGUACGCUCUUAAAUUUCCUAAAUCCUACGUAUUGUUGUACAUAAAUUUUAAAUUUUAAUGGCAGCCCCACACCUGGAAAAAAAAAGCUAGCAUAACCAAGCUUGGUUGAGGUGGUGGGAAACUCACCUUGA